UGACUCCGCCCCUCUCAAGAUGGCAGAUAAACUCCCUUCGGAGUUCGAUGUUGUGGUGAUAGGGACCGGUUUGCCAGAGUCCAUCGUUGCAGCUGCUUGCUCAAGGAGUGGCCAGUGUGUUCUACACGUUGAUUCAAGAAGCUAUUAUGGAGGAAACUGGGCCAGUUUCAGCUUUUCAGGACUAUUGUCCUGGAUAAAGGAGUAUCAGGAAAAGCGUGAUAAGGAAGAGUGGGCAACAUGGCAAGAGCUAAUACUGGAAACAGAAGAAGCCAUUGCUCUUCGUAAGAAAGACCAGACCAUCCAACAUGUAGAAGUCAUUUGUUAUGCCAGUCAGGAGUCAGAUGAACAUGUUGAAGAACUUGGUGUUGUGCAGAAAAAUCCGACCUCUGUGACGUCUGCUAGCUCAAAUGACCCUCUGGACUCGAUGGGCACAGCUUGCUCUGAUACGUCUGAAUUAACAGCACAGCUCAGUGAGCCAGAUACAGCACAAGAAGUACCCAAAGGAGAUAUGCCACUGGGGAAUGAAAACUGUGGUGGUGAUGCGGAGUGUAGCCAAUCACCUCUGGAACAGGAAAAAGCUGAAAAUGUACCUGUAGAAGAUGUUGAUUCAACCAAGAAGAAUAGGAUUACUUACUCCCAAAUUGUUAAAGAAGGCAGGAGAUUUAAUAUUGAUUUGACCUCAAAGCUGCUUUAUUCUCGAGGAUUGUUAAUUGACCUUCUAAUCAAAUCAAAUGUUAGUCGAUAUGCGGAGUUCAAAAGUGUCACCAGGAUUCUUGGAUACCAAGAAGGAAAUGUAUUGCAGGUACCUUGCUCCAGAGCAGAUGUUUUUAAUAGCAAGAAACUCAGUAUGGUGGAAAAGAGAAUGCUGAUGAAAUUUCUGACAUUUUGUUUGGACUACGAACAGCACCAUGAUGACUACAAAGCUUAUGAGGAUUGUACCUUUUCAGAAUACUUAAAAACUCAAAGACUGACACCCAAUUUGCAACACUUUGUCCUUCAUUCCAUUGCAAUGGUAUCAGAGACAUCCACCAGCACCUUAGAUGGCCUCAGAGAAACGCGAAACUUUCUUCAGUGUCUUGGGCGGUAUGGCAACACUCCCUUCUUGUUUCCCUUGUAUGGCCAAGGAGAAAUGCCCCAGUGUUUCUGCAGGAUGUGUGCGGUGUUUGGUGGAACCUAUUGUCUUAACCAUGCAGUACAGUGCCUUGUAGUGGACAAAGGAUCUGGAAAAUGUAAGGCGAUCAUAGAUCAAUGUGGUCAGAGGAUAAGUGCGAAGCAUUUUAUAGUGGAAGAUAGCUGCCUUUCUGAGCAAACAUGUUCAAAUGUGACCUACAGGCAGAUCUCGAGGGCAGUGCUGAUUACAGAUCGAUCUGUACUGAAGGCAGAUUCCGAUCAGCAGAUUUCUGUUUUGACAGUGCCGCCACAGGAGCCAGGAUCUGCUGCUAUACAGGUCAUUGAGUUGUGCUCUUCCACCAUGACAUGCAUGAAAGGGACAUAUCUCAUCCAUUUGACGUGUCCAUCCUCAAAAAAAACAGCAAGAGAAGAUUUAGAGUUAGUUGUGAGGAAAUUGUUCACCCCAUACGAUGAGGCAGAGUUGGAAAAUGAAGAAGUAGAAAAGCCAAACCUUCUGUGGGCCCUCUAUUUCAAUAUGAGAGACUCUUCAGACAUCAACAAAGAUUCUUAUAAUGACUUACCUUCAAAUGUGUAUGUCUGCUCUGGGCCAAACGGUUUUCUGGGAAGUGAGCUUGCUGUCAAACAGGCUGAAGAACUUUUCCAGCUCAUCUUGCCAAAUGAAGAGUUCUGCCCCCCUCCACCAAAUCCUGAAGAUAUUAUUUUCGAUGGAGAUGGUGAUCAACCUGAGGUUCCUGCACCUAAGCCAGAUACCACUGAAAAAAUCACAGGUCAAGGAGAUGAAGAAGAGAAGUCUGCAAAAGAGAUGACAGCAAGACAGGAAACCCUACUUUAAGAAUCUUACUCAGCAUCCAAAUUAUCUUAAUACAGCCGUCCCCUUUAUGUCACAUUUUGGGAAAAUAUAGCCAAUCUGAGUGUACUUCCAUCACUUCAAAAGGAGAACUGAUUUCAGGAUCAAGGCAAAGAAUGGAAGUCUUCAUUCUGUUUGAAAUUCGCUUCAUGGAAGCCAUAAAACUUCUGAGUCCUAAGCUAUAGCUUUACUUUACGUGAAUGCCUCCAAACUCUGCGUGGCAACUUAUUCUCUCAGUGGAGGUGAGUCAGAAAUAUCUUAGUUCAUGGUUGUUGAGCACCAAGGGGAUUGACUCAGAAGUAACCCUUCACAUGCUUUUUUGUACCUAAAUCAUCUACUGAACUGGCAUUUGUUCUCAAAUUAAACAGCUCAAGCAGAGGGCAAAAUGAAGUUUUCCCAUGGAUUCCAAGUAGUUCUUAAAGCCUUUUAGACUGGGCCCAUUCAGAAGAUAGCAGGACUCCAUAAAAAUCAGCCAUUUAUCUCUAAGAUUAUUAAUAAAUCAAGUUUGAGAAAGAUAAGGUUAAUUGAAUUUUUAAGCAGGUAGCUGAAUUAUCCUUCAAGAACCUUGGAGCUCAUAUGAUAUUCAUAUUUUUUAAAACAAGUACUUUGAUAUGUUUGAAUUCCUUUUUUUAAUGAGAGCCUUUCUUUUAAUAUUAGUUAAUUGGUUUAAUCCUGAACAUCCCAAAUCACACUUUGAAGGCCAUUUCCCUGUAUUCUUUAAUGUAUAGGUUUGGCUGUGGGACUGCAAUGCAAUGCCCUUUCCAUAUAAGUUGCUAUGUUUGCUCUUUCUCAUCAUGAUGAUGCUUAGGGCCAUUUGACAGGUAAUCAUUAGAACUUGGAUCCAUGCAAACCAUGGGGUCUUUUCUCCUAUCAUUACCAGGGGAUUUAUGUUGGUAACUUGUAUUAAUGCUAAUAGGAAUUGCAUGUGUAAGUCCUCCUUGUAUCAAUGGGACAGUUAACCCCUAAAAGAAAUAUUCCUUUAGAAUAGCCAGGGUCCAUGAACCCAUAAGGAGUCCAUGAAUAGAUUUUUAAGGGGAAGAAGGGGUUUGAUGGGAGAAAAAAGGCAUCUUUAUUUUCACUAAUCCUCUAACUGAAAUUUAACAUUUCCUUCAUGUUCUCAAAAGCUCGACUUUGGGAAAGGAUCCAUAGGCUUUAUCCGAUGGCCAGAGGGGUCUCUGGAACAAAAAAAUUGUUAAGAACUCUUGCUUUGGGGGCAGCUGGAUGGUUCAGUGGAUUUUGAGCCAGGCCUAGAGAUGGGAGAACCUGGGCUCAAAUCUGGCCUUAGAAACUUCCUAGCUGGGUGACCCUGAGCAAGUCACUUAACCCCCAUCCUCUAGCCCUUACCGCUCUUCAGCCUUUGAACCAAUACACAGUAUUGAUUCUAAGAGGGAAGGUAAGAAUUUUAAAAAAAGAGCUCGUGUUUUAAGUUUGACUCUUUUUCUGAUAAAGAAAGUCUAACAGACCCAUUUGGGUGUCCCAUAUGUGAGGAAAGCCAGAGAAUUGGUGUUUUGAAUUUCUAUUUAUAUUUCCAUAAUGUAAUACCAUAGGUAACAUUAUUCCUUAAUUAUUUUCCACUAAAGGCUUGAUUUUCUGUUUAGGUAAGGAUUUCUGUUGGGUUUUUUAAGAGAUACAAAGUAGGAUUUCUUUUGCCCCUCCAAACCUAGCCUUUGCCUCACUGUGUUAGAAAGACAACCCUGAGUUCUCAAACAAAAUGUCAAUGAAGCAUUGAAUGCCAUUGGACUGAGUUAUUCACUGGCGGAAAAUCUAGGGCUCUUUCUGGUAGAGAGGACUUCAAAGACAGAGCCUGGUCAAUCUCAGAGACCUGUGACCAGAGCUGCCAUGGAAUGAUGAUAUUUUUCAGCCAAGAAAGCUCACCAAGACCAUUUCUUAAGACAGAGAAGUUGCCAUCUGUAUUGGUGAAGGGAAUUAAUCACAUUACCAAAAUCAUGGUUCCUUGAAAAGUAGAAAGAAUCUGUCAAUUUCAAGGCUCCAGCAUAAGCAAGGAUUUAUUUUGUAACCCAUGUGUUCAACAUUGCUCUUCCACAAGGUUUAGAAGUACUAUGUAGGACAUUCUACAUGAAAUGCUUGAGGAUUUUGAAUUGCUUUCAUUUAACUAUUUCAGAACAUUGGUGUUUGUUUUUCUAUGUACAUUCCUCCAUUGCUGCACAAUCACCCUUUUUGAUCCUUGUCUUUGUUCUCCCAUAGAGCCUGUGCAGAGGCUCUGCGUGGGCUUGUUUUCAUUUAAUGAGUAUCAAUGUAGUACCUGGGUUGUUCAUCUAUUAAAUUUCCUCUCUGCUAUAUAACCAGCCCAACUCCUUGUCUGAUAACACCUUUCCUAAUCCCUAUCCCUACUGUUACCCUGUCCACUGCUACCCAGGUAUGGAGGAGCAGUCACACUCUAGAGCAUGCCAAUACAUGGAUCUGGGACCAUGGUCACAGUUUCAUGACAGAAAAGAGUACUUGUGGUCACUCACAGACAAUGCAACAGAGUCCUUCACCCAGUGCCAGCAAAGACUAGCUCUCCUGACCAAUUGUUUGUCCCUCUUACCAUCUAUGGGCAGAGAGCUCAAGAAGCCACCACCAAUUCACUUGCCCCCAAGGCCUGUUGCUGGUUUGCUGUACUGUCCUCCCCACUUUGACCCCAGUAAGAUAAACCUGUCCUAUAAAUCAUCUAAGUUGUCCUGGGAUGGAAAAUUGUUUUACCAUGUCCUUUUGUUGGUUCUGCUGCUCUAGAAUUCAUUCUGAGGCAUUAUUUUCAAGUUCUUUGGUGGGCAAUUUGGGACAAUUCAGGUGAGGCCCCGCCUUUACUCUGACACCUUGACUCCGCCAACAGUUAACACUUUCUUGAUCAGUUAUCUCUAUAUGAAUCAUUAAACUGAAGUCUUUUGGAUGAUCAUGAAUCCCAUUGCAGAGAUCUUAGAAUGUUCUGGGUUUUGAUGCAGCCUCACAAAAACCUCAUUUUGCUGUCUCUCUGAUUGUUAAUACCGAGUGAAGCACAAGGGAGAAGAAUGCCUUUCAAAGAUAUCUAUCCCUGUCAUGUAUAGGGUAUAUGAGGGAAACUGGAACCUCUGGAAAGAGAGCUUGCUGGACCCUUUUCAAGACUGUUUUCCUCCUUUGGUGUUCACCUGCCAUCCAGCUCUCACCUGUGGCUCAAAGAAGCUAUAACUUAUGUAGAAGUAACACCCUCAUAAACUCUGUCAGCAGAUGGGCUAAACCAGGUUGAGGGUAAACAACAAGCCUCAACCUGUAGGUAAGUUAUGGGGGUGUCUGCCAAAGGCAUGUGAUGACUUUCCCAGCAGAGGAAUUUGUUCCAAUUGCCAUGAAGGUAGCUGAAGUGGGCUCUGUGGAGCACUCAGAGCUUGGUCAGAUGUCAAAGAUGUUAAGGUCAUCCACUGCAUCCCAAGCCAUCACCAGUCACCUUGACUUUUACCUUACCUCUGGACUUAAUUGACUCUGGAAGAGAGAAUGAGGCUGAUGACUUUGUGCAAUUCUGCCUCGUUUUAAUCCACUCCAUCCUCAAGUAAAAAGACAUCACCCCAGUGAUGUCAUGUUGGUCCUCUCCAAGUUUAAGGACAUCACUGUCCUAGAAGAGAGCCUAGAAGAAGGUCCCUAGCAGAGACCUAAUGGAAAAAGAAUGAGUUUCUUGGAAUGCUCCUGUGGAUGGGUGAUAGUGUACUGAGAACUAAGAAUAUGGGAUUCUGAUUUAAGUGCCUCACUAAAAGAGGUCUUAUCCUGAAUACCUGCUUCUUCAUAUCCUUCUCCAGCACCUAGUGCAGUUACUGAAGCACACAUUGUAGAUGUUAAGUAAAUGGCUGUUGAAUUAAUGGGAUUGAUAUUUAUGACCUUUAUUGCAUAAAUGGCCUUCCCUGUUUCCUUAUGCACAAGUCAAGCCUGCAAACCAGCUCUCUUGGAAGUUCCUUCCCUUCUCUUCCCCAAACAUCUACCCCACUGACUCACUGACUCACUGACUCCUGCUGUUGAAGGUAGCCAGAGGGCCUUGGCUGGUCACAGGUAUUCCCUCUAUUGGUGGCAUUUUUGACGCAUAAUCAUUUUUCAGUACUCCAAGAUUUGACAGUCAUUUUUAAAAACCAGUUUUAGCUUUCAUUGAUCAGUAUUUUUGUUCAUGAACUUUCAUGAACAUUCAAGAACUAUUCACAUUAGCUAAUUCGAACAAGAUCCAAUCUACUUCCAUGAUCAUUUAAUUGCUUGUGCCAGUCCCUUUGAAAGUAUACAGUCUUCAAUUAUCAUCUGACUACCUGGCAGUCAUUUCCAAGGAUCCCUUUCCCAGGAAACCCAGCCAUAGAGCCAAUACAAUUCUGUAAACUUUAAGGGCUUCCUAUAUGGCAGGCUCUAGAGAUACAAAUAAAAAAUGACAAAUGGCUUUGCCUUCAAAGUGCUUGCAUUGUAUUGGGAGUAUACAUGUGGAGAGGAAACUAGAUACAGAAUUAUUUGAAAAUAGAGCAUUUGCAAUGAGGAGGAUUGGGACCAGCUUCAUAGAAGAGGUGGCAUAUGAGCUGAACUUUGAAGGGAACCAAGGAUUCUAAGAGGUGGAGAUGAAGAGGGAUGGGAUUCCAGCCAUGAAGGUGUAGAAGUACAUAAAAGUAAGCUCUGCAGGAAAGAUUUUUAAUUUUUUAUGCUAGCCUCUAUCUGUGCCAUAAUAUAUAUGGAAAUGUUUAUUUCAUUUGGUGUUUUAGUUAAGAAUUAAAAUAAGAGGGGGCAGCUGGGUUGCUCAGUGGAUUGAGAGUCAGGCCUAGAGACGGGAAGUCCUAGGUUCAAAUCUGGCCUCAGACACUUCCCAGUUGUGUGACCCUGGGCAAGUCACUUGACCCCCAUUGCCUAGCCCUUACCACUCUUCUGCCUUGGAGCCAAUACACAGUAUUGAUUCCAAGACAGAAGGUAAGGGUUUAAGAAAAAAAGAAUUAAAAUAAGAUGGGAGUGGAAGGAAAGACAAAGGCAUGGAAGUAGAAAACGAAACGCUGAGUUAAGGGAAAAGUAAGGAGGUCAAUUUGGCUGUACCAUAGAAUGUAGUAAUGGGGAGCAAUCUGAAGUUAGCCUGAAAGGUAGGCUAGAAUCAUAUAAAUGGUUUUAAAUGCCAAGCUGAGGAUUUUUUUUUGUAGAAGCAAUCAGAAACCCCUGGAGGUCCUUGAUUGAGCUGGUCCAGUGGGUCAUGGGCUUUAGAUUAUUUUGAUAGCUCUAUAGUAAAUGGAGAUGGGAGAGACUGGAAGCCGGAAAUCUUUUGACAUAAUCUAGGCAACAGCUAAGAUAGGAUGGGCCCUAUCUUAUGUUAGGGUCUACUCAUUUCUCAGUGGCUAUUUUGGUACUGAGAGAUAUACCUUCUAAGCCAUUGGGGGAAAAGAUCUCAUUUAAUUAAGCAAUGUAAAAGAAUUUCUUCAUUUUGAAGUUAUUUAAGGAAUGUAAGCUGUGAAAAUGGGUUAUAUUUUACCUCCCUAGGAAACUUGGGAGCCAGACAUUUUCUCAGUAAUAGUCAAAACUCUCAAUUAAGUUGAUAACCUCAGAAUUCUCUCUUUUUAUUUAUUUACUCUUUUUAUUAACCUAGGAGGGGCACUUCCCUUCAGUGAUGAGUAUUCUCAUAACUCAGAGUCUCCUUGGUGAAGUAGUCGCACCCUUGCUCAGCCGGCACCCUGAGAGCUGCUCGAUUCCUCCUCUUCCCAGGCCCCCAAGACAUUUUUUUGCAUAUCCAGCCACCCAAAACAAGUACAUUCUCCCUCAAAUCUGUCUGAUAAUCCCAGGGUCUCGUAGACAACUUGAAUUUGCCCUCUUGGCACUUGAACUGGUAAAAGGUUCUCCAACUCUGCCUUAGUGAUUCUUAAUCCCUCUAGGUCAUCAUCCACAACCCAUCCCCAUCCCCCUAAUCCUUAUGUCUAUGCCCCUUGAACCUUCUACCCCAAUUCCAACAGGAUAUAUUACCUGUAACUUGUACUCACUGGGCCUUCUGGAACGCCUAUUAUACAGGAACAAACUUUUCCAUCCUAAAUCGUUUUCUUUCCCAUUUUCAUCUUCUGUCUAGCACUGGAAGUUUGUUCCUCCCUGAUGGCAUAGUCUCUCUGGACACCUUGCCAAUAUUGGUUGUACCUUUACUCAUUCCCCUCUGCUCACUGAUUAAGGCAAGGAUUUGAUAAUUUCCUUGUUCCUCUUUGUCAUUUUUAGAUUUCUCCCCCUUACCUCCAUCACUUAGUAAAUUUUCUUCCCAAUCAAAAUCCUGAUGGCUACUAUCUAUAGGCCUCCAGCUCAUUCCAUUUCCUUCCUCAAUGUCUUCAAUACUUAGAUCACAUUUUUUGCUCUCCUUCCCAAAUCCUGCCCUUAUACUAAGAAAUUUCAACAUACAUGCAUACUUAUUGACUCUUCUCCAAACACCUUCACCACUCAGUUCCUCAGCCUAUUCACUUACCAUGACUCACUCUUUCACACACCCCCUCAACUAAACACAAAGAUCAUUAAAGCCUUGCUCUUGCGAUCCCUCACAAUUGUACCACCUCCAUGUUCAAGAAUUCCAAAUUUCCUCUUUGUGGUGGCAAAAAAAUUGGAAAAAGAGGGGCUGCCCUUCAAUUGGGGAAUGGCUAAACAAAUUGUGGCAUCAGUUGGCGAUGGAAUACUAUUGGGCUCAAAGGAAUAAUAAACUGAAGGAAUUCCAUGUGAACUGGAACAGCCUCCAGGAAUGGAUGCAGAGCGAAAGGAGCAGAACCAGGAAAACAUUGUACACAGAGACUUAUACACUGUGGUACAAUCGAAUGUAAUGGACUUCUCCAUUAGUGGCAAUGCAGUGACCCUGAGCAACUUGGAGGAAUCUACAAGAAAAACAACUAUCCACAUUCAGAGGAAACACUGUGGGAGUAAAAACACCAAAGAAAAACAACUGCUUGAAUACAUGGAUAAAAGGGAUAUGGUUGGGGAUGUAGAUUAAGUGAACAGUCUAGUGCAAACACCAACAACAUGGAAAUCGGUUCUGAUCAAGGACAUAAGUAACACCCAUUGAAAUUAUGAGUUGGCUGUGGGAAGGAUGGAUGGAGGGGAGGGAGGGAAAUAAUGUGAUUAUUGUAACUAAGGAAUAAUGUUCUAAAUUGACUAAAUAAACUAAUUCAAAUAGGGAAAAAAGAAAUAAAAAUUUAAAAAAAGGAUUCUGAAUUUCUCUUAUGAGAUCAUAUUGCCUUUCUACUUUUCCUUACCAAGCCAUACUUUUAAUCCACAUUGUAACCUUUAAUCCCUUUACCCCUCAGUUUUCUCCCAGGCUAUCUCCCCACUACUAGCCACUCUUUUUUUCCAUCUUGACCCUUUGAUCAAUAAGUUCAAGUCUAACCUGUCCUCUUGAGUCCUUGCCUCACACAUCAUCUUGCUGAUUGUGUCCUGCUAAGACUCCGCCUUGGUUGACUUGACCAUUUCCACCGUCACUCCACAGUGAUAGCCUUCUCCUUGCCAAAACCAACCUUUCCACUUGCACAAGCAAUUUCAUUCCUUCCUGAAUGCUCCAUCAAAUUGCUUCCUCUGUCAUUCCCAUUCUUUCACAUAUCUUCAAACUUGCCCUGUCUAUUGGCUCCUUCUCUACUGCCUGCAAUCAUGCCCAUGUCUCCCCAGUCCUCAAAAAACUCUUAUUCGAUCAUUCCAUUCUCUCUGUCAUCCUAUAUCUCUUGUUCCCUUUGUGGCCAAAGUCUUCAACCAUCUGCAAUAGGUGCUUCCACUUUCAGUCCUCUCACUCAUUUGUUGACACUUCACAAUCCAGCUUCCAAUAUAACCAUUCCACUGAAGCUAUUCUCAAAGUUAUCAACCUUUUUCCUACUUAUGUAGGAAAAUCAGGAGAGAGUGGGGUCAUAGUUUCUUAAAAACCUAGAGAGAAGAGACUAUCAAGGAACAGAGGGUGAUUAAGUGUCAAAGGCUGUGGAGUAGUUGAGAAUGACAACUGAUAAAAACAGGUUUCUGGGUAUCUGUGCGUGUGUCCACAUGUACCCUACAUCUGUCCCCCCAUCCCAUUGGGGGAGCCAUGUUGGGCAAUAUCUACAUUCCGAGGAAAAACUGGGAGUAGAAACACAGAAGAAAAACAACUGCUUGAUUACAUGGGUCAAGGGGAUAUGAUUGGGGAUGAAGACUGUAAAUGAACAUCCUAAUGCAAACACCAACAACAUGGAAAUAGCUUUUGAUCAAGGACACAUGUAAUGCCCAGUGGAAUUGCGCAUCAGCU